GUUUCGCAAUCCUCAGUCUAUUGUUCUGCUUGAACUUGCUGCCCGAUGCUGAUCGUCUUGGCGGUCUCUCCGGUUUCUCCGCGUUGAUCUUCUUGUCUUCCGCUCUCCUUCUUCCCCUUCCUUUCUUGUCUUUUCCCCUUGUAAAAUCACCAGUGGUUCCAUCUCGCUCUUCUUCUCCUCAUGCCCAUUCUAAUUCCGUUCACAUUCACCUCCCCGUGACAUCUCCCCCCGCCUCUCUCUCUCCAUGACCAAGGUUGACGCCGCGGGGGAUGGGGAUUCCGCCCCGAUGGCCGCCUCGCCGCCGAGUCUCCCCAAAGCCCCCGUCGAGGCUCGCUCGCUGUCCUCCAUCACCGCAAUUGCAUCCAAUCCCCCAGCCUAUCCGCGCAAUCCUACCCAGAAGAGGUUGGAUCCGUUGGUGCUGUAUAUCGUGCGAGUCCCAGGCAGUCGAGAUGUCUUCCUCACCCCCUUGAAACCCGCUACCAAGUCCAGCGUCUCUGCCGAAGCCAUUAAUUCCUCCCUAUACUAUUUGCACGUCGCCACCCCAGAGGAUGAUGUCUUGCUCCAGGAAUACGAACAGGAGCGCGAAGAGGAGGCUAGGUUGCGGAAAGAAGCCCUUGGAGACGAGGCGGAGGCUCCUCUGCCUUCGCGCGAGUUUGCGCGACUGAACAAUGUCCGGCGCAAGCCUGUUCCUGGCGCGAGCGCGCCCAAGGUCGAUGCGACCGCACCUCCUCCUGCGCGCCCUCGCCCGACUUCCUGGCAGUCGCAGGGAGCGUCCUCGCCGUUGAAUCCAGACCUGCAGCGCCCUGCCCUGCCUCCGCGUCCGAGUUUCCAGGGCCCUGCUCAUGCGAAUGAAUACAACCCUGUCACCCCGCCUUUCGCGCCGGUCAAUCGUGACCCCGUUCUCGAGUCCAUGCCGCUGGAAGAUCCCAUGGCUGCGCGCCCUUCGCGGCCAUUGCCUGCUGUUCCGAGAGAAGAGCCCGUGUUAGGACCGCCUCUAGACCCGCUGCCGGCGAAGAGGGCCAACCGAUGGAGCACUGCGCUGUCGGGGUACCUGGCAAAGGGCCAGGAAACGUGGAAGGAGAAAUAUGAUGCCAUGUCUGGAGGUCGAGCGAGUCUGGAUUCAAGACGACCCCCGGUUAGACCGCAUUCCGCUCAUGGAAGUCCAUCGCAUUCAUUUCUAGGGUCGCCCUCUAGGAGCCCCGCGAGGAGUCCCGCGAGAAGUCCGGGCCAGUCACCUCGCCAGAGGCCGCAUGACAGGGUGGUGCCCGAACGUCCGGGCUUUCAUAUCACUUUGAUUCGUCGCGACCCUACGCAUGGCAGUCAGUGGAAUGUUGCGACCAUGUCGACUCCCCGGAUGGACGGUGGGCCCAUCGACAUCGAUAUCCUCACCCCGGGGUACAAUCGAUUCACGGCGCAGAACGAACCCCUCUCUCUGGCGAGUCUGGGGAUAAAUCUCCCAGGCGGACAGUCCAUCUCGUUCUCGUCGUCCAAACAUCCGUUGGCUGAUUUGGCCGAUCUUCCACCUCCUACUUCCGUCCCCAAUGAGCCAUCUCAGCCUCGACGAUUCCAUCGCAAGCUCUGCGUCUCAAGACCAUACUUCCAAGAGGAGCCACGAGGCUCCUUGGACCUUCCGGGUCGUCCCUCCCUGGACAGCACUGCCAGUGGCAGUCCCACGAAACCGCAUGCCCCUCCUCACUCCAAGCUGAAGAGCGGUUAUUACACCUUCAACUCGCCAUGGAAUGGCAUCUGCACGUUUACAACGAGCGUUAAUGGUCGUAGCCUCAAAUGCAAACACAUGAUACCCACCCCUGGCUUCCCCAACGCCAGCAGCCACCAUCACCACCCGACUUCCACGCCCGAACCCCCUGCCAUCACCGUCGCCGAGAUCCGCUUCAACACGCCAUUUCGAACCGGCCACCUUCACCAGCCCGUUCCAUCGUACGCAUCCUAUCAUCCCACCUCACCCCCAACGGAAUCCUACCUCUCCUCCCCACAAACUCCCACCUCCGCAAACCCCUCCUCGAAACGCGACUCUUUCGCCCGCCUCCUCAACCCGAACAAGUAUACGCGGCCCCGCGCUCGCUCCGGUGCCAGUAUCACCUCAAUUGGCGAGAAUAUCGGCUCUAGCCACCACACACGGAAUCCCUCGAAUAGCAGCACGAGCAGCGGGGCCGGGGAUCUCGAGGAGCGCGAGAAAUCGGGACUUCUGCGCCGGCCACCGAGUGAGGACCGUCUGGAUCUUUCUCUUGCACGGGAGCGCGCAGGCGGAGGGUUACGGGGGAAGUCUGCGAAAUUGGGCAAGUUGAUCAUUGAAGAUGAGGGGAUUAAGAUGUUGGAUUUGGUUGUUGCUGCUUGUAUGGCUGUUUAUGCAGUGAGUUGUUAGGCAUUCUUUUUAGCUACCCAUGGCAUUGUUCAUGUCGUGGUUAUUCAUUAGAGAGUUGUGGGAUAUGUUUGGGAUCUUGCGAUUGUGAUAUGAUAUGAUAUACUAUUGAUGUUUUGGGCAUUUGAGCGAUAUGCAUUUGAUGAUAUGUUAUUGCAAUUGAUAUACUUAUAUACCUUGAAAAUGAUUAGCUGCUAUAGAGCAUGUCAACUACCAC